AUGGCGGCGGGGCGCCACCCCCGUGGAAAGGGAGACCCCGACACCCCCCCUGCCGCCCCCACAGCUCCCAUCCCAAGGGAAAGACGGGAGCCCUCGGAAGAGGAACACUCGUUGCCGCCAUCGCAGCCGCCGCCGCUGCCGGCUAAUCGCCAUCCCAAGGAGAGAAGAGGGACACCCAGGGAAGGUAAAACCUCUUCCCUGGUGCCCAGCCGCCGUGCAACCACCGCCAAAGAGGGGAGAGAAGAUUCAGUAUCAGAUUUUCAAUUCUGGGUCAAUGUGGAUUCUACUGAUCAACUCUCCUCUCAGCCAGAUCAUUUUCUACUUGACCGUUCUACUCCAACAGGUGAAGGCUCCUCUUGGCUACCUUUUCCUUGUCAGUCAUUGUUUCCUGAUGUGCAAAUACCACUCCCAGACCCAGGUGGGCAGAUUCGGCAGUUUGAGGGUGGUGCUGAAUUGGACAGCUCCUUGUUGGUUCAAUCUGAUGAUAGUGACCUGCAGUUUAAAUAUCACCGAUUCAUUCCUGCUCACCCGUACAAGACACAGAGACAUGCUGCCAACAUUAGGGAAAGAAAAAGGAUGCUCAGCAUCAACUCUGCUUUUGAUGAACUUAGAGGCCAUGUACCAACCUUCCCUUAUGAGAAGCGUCUCUCCAAAAUUGACACUCUCAGACUGGCCAUAGCAUACAUCGCAUUGCUUAGUGAUAUCCUGACUUCAGGAUCUGACCCCAAAUCCUAUGUGCAGAAAUGUAUGAAAAACGGAUAUAAAGGUCAUCAGAAUGCAAUCUGGAACACAAGUGAUCUUGCUUAUUUGGUAACUAUUCAGUUUGCAAUACAACAAAGUAAACUUGUAAAUCAUGGGCUUCCCUGA